CUGGGGGGCAGGGGAAAACCAAUGUGGUGGGAGGAGUGGGAGAAACUUAGAUUGACCGGGAGAGGUCCCAGUCAGGUGGGGGAGGGCGAGGAACGUGGGAGAAAUCAACAAGGUUUGGGGAACUCGAGGUGGAAAAUGCUGGCUGGAUGUGAGUGAAAAGAACCCAAGGCAAGGGAGAAAGGAAACCAGAGGGAUUAGAAGAAAGCUAAAGAAGGGGGAUGAUGGUAGCCUCUUUGCUGAAUGGUCACUGGGAGAGAGUGAGUUGCAGGCCUAGGCAGUCAAAUGUUAGGAAAGUCUUUGGGUUUGAGGAGGCAUUAUGGAUUGAGGAGGUGUGACGUGUGAAAUAAUCCAUCCCAUUUGAAGUCAACGGAUUGCUGGUUUAUUUCGGUUUUUUGGCCUUUGCCACCUCAGGUCCCUCAGUUUGCCCAUCCUAGUUUUAUCUCAGCUAUAAUUGCCUUGCUUAAUCCUAGGAACUUGGCCAUUGCUCCUUCUGGACCCUGGCAUGACAGGAUUCCCUUAUCACCCGACAGUUCCUCCCUAAAAUUUUCAUGUAUUGGCUGGGGAAUGAUGACAGGUAGAACUAUUUUCUCCGUCCUCCAGGCAAAUUCCGGAUUAUAAUUGAGGCAAAAGCAACCCCAGCCUGUCCUUGUAGCCCAAUAAUGGGGCACCUAAGGUGUUGAUUUACUCAGGGGCUUCCAGAAAAAUGUCAGCCUUAUAUUUCUGGGUACCUUUUAAUAACCUCUAAGCACUUUAUGGACUGUUGUCAAGGAACAGUGAAUCAAAAAAUCACUAUUCUGAUUUGCUGCUUCUGGUUUAGAAGAAAAAGAAGUCACUGACUGGCUGUACAACUUUAAGCAAGUUGUACUUCUUUGGGCCCCACUUUGCUUCUUGGGAAAUUGGAUUUGGUUUAUGUAGUUCUUUUACAGCUCCAUUUUGUUUGACAUUUUAUCAUCUGCAUUGUAUAGUGUAGAUUAGAAGCCACAUUUUUCAACUUUUUACUAUAGUUCAGGAGACAAACCCUGAGCUUAUGGUUGUGGCUGAGGAGGGGUCCUCCAGUUUUGGGCAAGAAUGUUUCAGAACCCAGAAAGUAUUCCACAAUCACCCCGUAGCGUCUUCCCAACCAUGGCACAUCUACUGCCCCUUGCUUUUUGCUCUUGCCUCCAGAGAUUUCCAGCCUGGAUGCUCUGAGACAGCUUUGGGGAGGUAUAUCUGAGUUGGGAAUAUGAUUGAGAGCCCCCAAAUGAAAGGAAACAAUGCCAGGAUCUCUCUUGAGAAUAAAGAAUGGAAAACAUCAAGAAUGAGAGCAACUUGACAAAUGACACCAGAAAAUGGCAGUCUUAUCCAUAUUCUGAGCCAGUGAAAUGGGAAAGCUGACUCUUCUACCCAUUCCCAUUCAUGUCUCUCUUGGUUAACCUUAACAUGGGAGUUAUUUCUUUCCUGGUUGCUUAGUUUCCUUUCCUCUUACCCUAUACCUAACCUCUUUGCUUUUUGCUUUUUUUCUUGUUCCUCUCCCUUUUCAUCACUUUUUUUUUUCUUUGAACAUGUAAGGUAUUUACUUUUAUUCUAGGUCAUUUACCUAUAUUUUCUCCCUUUCCCUCUUCAUUCUUAGUUGAUCUCUGCUAUUCCUUCUUCCUCCAGAAGGGGUAGAGAGUCUACUUCCUUUUCUCCAAGACCAUGGUUGAUCCACCUUCCUCCCUCAGGCUCCUUCUUGACAGUCUUCUAAAGGGAGAAAAGGGGAAAGAAGCAGUUCCUGUUGUUACAGAUGAACAAGGAGCUUUAAGCUGUCUCUGAAGGGCACAAAUCAGACCGCACCAUGCCUCCUAAUAAAGAGGCCAGCAGUGUUACUAGCUCACCAGCAGGGCUCAUCUGCCUUCCUCCAAUUUCUGAGGAGCUACAGCUUGUGUGGACCCAAGCAGCCCAGACCAGUGAGCUAGAUAGCAAUGAACACCUGCUACAAACCUUCAGCUACUUUCCCUAUCCCAGCCUAGCAGACAUUGCCCUUCUCUGCCUACGUUAUGGGCUACAGAUGGAGAAAGUCAAGACUUGGUUCAUGGCCCAGCGCCUCCGCUGUGGCAUUAGCUGGUCAUCUGAAGAAAUAGAAGAGACUCGAGCACGAGUGGUAUACCAUCGGGACCAACUCCACUUCAAAUCCCUUCUCUCUUUUACUCAUCAUGCAGGGCGGCCACCAGAGGAGGUGCCACCUUCUCCAGUGCCACCUCCAGAACCAGUUGAUCUUGGAAUAGGCCCUCUGACUUUUAGAGAGCCCCCCCAGAUAAAAGGAUUGAAGGUAGAACCUGAGGAGUUCUCUCAUAUAUCAGCACUGCCACUGAGUCACCAGAAAGCAAAGGAGUCCCUUUUGACACCUGGCAGUGGAACAUUCUCCCAAUCAGAUUUUUGGCAGGAUCUUCAAAGCAGUGGUCUCUCUAAGGAACUGGCAGGCAGUGGUCCUGACCACUCACAUGGUGUAGGUACUUCUUCCUGGAACCACUCCAUAGCUGUCCACCAGUCACAUGCUCUGGAUAAGCCCCCAUCAAUCUCAUUACUUGCCAGUAGUUGUAAGGAGGAGUCAGCACCUAGUAUGACUCCUUCUUCCUCCUCUACCUCCUCUUCUUUCCGGGUACUGGCUAAUGGAGCUACUGCCACCUCUAAACCCCUCCAGUCACUAGGCUGUAUCCCACAGUCACUCUCACCCAAGGAACAGGCACUACCCCCACAUCUGGAGCCAGCCUGGCCUCAAGGGCUACGGCAUAACUCAGUACCAGGUAGGGUUGGCUCCACAGACUACCUUUCCCCAGAUAUGCAACGCCAGAGAAAGACUAAGCGUAAAACCAAAGAGCAGCUGGCUAUUCUCAAAUCCUUUUUUCUACAGUGCCAAUGGGCACGGCGUGAGGAUUACCAUAAAUUGGAACAGAUCACUGGUUUACCUCGGCCUGAGAUCAUUCAGUGGUUUGGUGACACACGCUAUGCUUUGAAGCAUGGGCAACUAAAAUGGUUUCGGGACAAUGCAGUACCUGGUGCCCCUAGUUUUCAAGAUCCAGCAAUUCCUACACCACCGUCAACCCGCUCUUUGAAAGAAUGGGCUGAGACACCACCUCUACCAAUUCCCCCGCCCCCACCGGAUAUACGACCUUUGGAGAAGUAUUGGGCAGCCCACCAACAGCUACGGGAAAUUGAUAUCCCUCAGCUGAGUCAGGCAUCAAGACUUAGCACCCAGCAGGUACUGGAUUGGUUUGACUCUCGAUUACCUGAGCCAGCUGAGGUGGUAGUUUGUCUAGAUGAAGAAGAGGAAGAGGAAGAAGAGGAACUGCCGGAAGAUGAGGAGGAAGAAGAAGAGGAAGAAGAUGAGGAGGAGGAGGAUUAUGUGAUCAUACAGGACUGAGCGAGGGAGGGAUUUUGGGAAGGAAAAGAUCUGUUACUAAAAGAUGAACCAAAUUUUAGUAACUUUAAGCAAAGAAACUACAUUUUUUUAAUUACCUUGUGGCAAAGAAUUUAAAAGCUUUUGUAUUCUUCAGAGUGGGUGAUGGGGUUGUAGUAAGUUGAGGGUGGACCAGGGAGGAUGAUCAUAGUACACAAAAUCAGGGAUUGGAUCAGCAAAUAAUCCAGUACUCUAGCCACAUGUAGAGGAGGCCAAGAACCUGGGCCAGGAAAUGUCUCCUGUUCUUGUAUAGGCUAUUCUUUUCCCAUAGUGUACUACAGAAAACUGACCUCAGCUACACAUACAUAGAAGGUCUGGAAAGAAGGGGUAAAGAAUUCUGAUUUAAUUAAUAAUUCUAAUGAAUCACCAAUCCCACCAUUUUCCCUGGAAUAUAAGGCUGUCUUGUACUGUUUCCUUCCUCUCUGAGCACAAAUUCUGUAAUAAUGCAGCUAAGAUUCUCAAUAGGUACCAGGCCUUGUCAGAAAUAUUCUCUCUUCUUAUAUCAA